AUGUUUGAAAGCAAACGAAAAUAUGGCAGUCUCAAGCGAAAUAGUAGUCCUAACCAAGGUAGCAGGAUUUCUCCACCUGAAAACGAGUCUCCCACUAGAAUAGCCACACAUUCACAACAAUUGUUUGAAUCUAGACCAGACCAUAUCAAUGUAAAAACCUACAAAAGGCGAAACACAGCCAAGAAACCAUAUAUUCAUAUUUCUAAAAAGUCUGACCCGAUUCUUCGAACACGAGACAGUUCCAGUUUUUUGGAUUUAGAAGGUGAAACGAAUUCUAGCAUUUACUCAAAAUACGAUAAUGAAUUGAGGUCAGAUCUGGACAUAGACGACUUUGAUGCUGGACUCAUAGAUUUGGAAGACAUUGGAAAAACUCAAAACAUACAAAAAUCUCAUGAUUAUUCUGACGAAGUAGAAGGACUUAUACAAGUUGUGGAAGAUGAGAAUACAGACAGAGUCCCAUCUGUCUCUGAUUCGUUUGCUUUGAAAAUAGCCAAUGGAAACGUGUUGCAAGUCAUGAAAGAGCAUCAGGAGUCAAAGACAGAUGCUGUUAUAGACAAAUUCAAGAAGUACGCAUUUCCGUCGCCUAUAAGGUCGCGAAAAGAGUUGAUGAGGAGAGCAGAUAAAUAUUUUGAUGUGCUACCUUUGAUCCUAAAAGGUAAACAAGCACCGUCAGCAUAUUAUUUAUUGGCUAAGAAUCAGGCAAACAGUUCUGUUCAUGAAACACUUUCAGCUACAGAAAAAUGGCAGAUAAAUUGGGACAAGUUCUGUGGAGGCUAUUAUGGCUUCAAGAGACAGCUGUUGAUAGGAAACAGUAUUAGUGUAAAAUUGGCCAAGGAACUAAGAGCGGCGCAUAGAAACAAAACCGUUUCCUAUUGGACGACGUCAGGCUUUGCAACACAUGUUCUAGCAAACGAAGUCAUCAUAAGAAUGGCUAUGGAAGACUUGCUGUGCGAUUUUGACAGUGCUGAGAGGAUAGUGAUGGAAAGUGUUGAGUAUGGCAAAGUUAUCGCAGAUGCUACUGAAAUAGAAGACGAUCUACAGGCAGACGAAUUGGUGCUGAAACAGUCGAAAAAGUUUAUGAAACAAAUUGAUAUUGUAUCUAAGGUAAACGAACAUAUGGAAGAGAAAGAACAGGAGGAGGAAAUACCCAGUGCCAAAAGUCAAGGCACACGAGACUUCCUUGAUCAAUUGGUAGAUAGCGAUUCUGACUCUGAUCCUGAAUCUGAGUAA